CACUCCCUGAGUCAAUAGCGGAGGCAGAAUCAUCACUGAAAUUUAAGAGGCUGCUUGACAGUAUCACAGAUUCGUCAGUCUUACGAAACAUGUCAGCGAAACUCUAAUCUGUUCGAUCUUAAACGAAUGAACAACGAUCUCCGUCACCAGUUCACUGAGAUGGAAACGAAGUACAGAUCUGUCAACGAAACCAAAGCUGAAAUCUGUGAACUGUUAACCAGCAGAAGAGAGCAAACUUGUUCCGAAGACUGGAUCAGAAAGAAAGAUCGGUGCUAUUACAUAACCACGUUUACAACAGCUUUCCCCAGAGCGGUGCAAGAAUGUUCAAACCGUGGUUCAAGGCUGCUGGAAAUCAAUUCAAGGGAUGAAGCGAAUGGUGUUUCCAACGCUAUCGGCAAUCUAUAUGGAUCUUAUUGGAUUGGAAAAUGCGAAGCCGGGGAAUCGGCUUCUAGUCUUAUGUUGAAGCAUGACAGUGGAAUGCCCAACUGCGGUAACUGCGACUCUCCCGGAUGGGGGAUCCGUUGCAAUCGUCGACACCGUUUCAUCUGCGAGAAGUCUACACAUUUUCGCACGGAUAUUCCUGAAAAGAUCCAGGAUCUCUGUCAACAAUCCGUUGGGCCAAACUGA